AUGAAAAAGAAACAUUCUCCUGCAUUAACAACAACUCACAAAGAUUUACAAUUGACUUGGGCCAAAUAUCAUAUGACAUGGAAUAACGAGUGGAACAAAGUCAUCUGGUCGGAUGAAAAGAAGUUUAAUUUAGACGGUCCUGAUGGUUUUUCAUACUAUUGGUAUGAUCUUCGUAAAGAAGAAGAGAUUUUUUCGACUCGCGUUCAAGGUGGUGGUAGUGUCAUGAUUUGGGCGUCGCUUGGCUGGGGUGAUCCACUUCAAUAUGGCUCAAGAAAACGAACUGGUCGCAGAAAAAAGGUCGAUGAACGUGCAAAACGGCUUGUUUUGAGAACUGCCAGCAACAAGUCAAUAUCUUGCGCCAAGAUUAUUGAUGAUUUAAGUUUGAAAAUGUCGAGAUGGACGAUCAAUCAUGUUAUAAAAAGGUCAAAUAUACUUAAAAAAAUGAAAAAGAAACAUUCUCCUGCAUUAACAACAGCUCACAAAGAUUUACGAUUGACUUGGGCCAAAUAUCAUAUGACAUGGAAUAACGAGUGGAACAAAGUCAUCUGGUCGGAUGAAAAGAAGUUUAAUUUAGACGGUACUGAUGGUUUUUCGUACUAUUGGCAUGAUCUUCGUAAAGAAGAAGAGAUUUUCUCGACUCACGUUCAAGGUGGCGGUAGUGUCAUGAUUUGGGCGUCGUUUGGCUGGGAUGGUAAGAGCUCAAUCUGUUUUAUAGAUGGACGGAUGAAUUCGAAUUGA